AACUUUAAUAGGCCAGGAGGAACCGGGGCCGGCUCUCGUCUCAUGAGCCAGGCAGACAGCUCGGCGUCGCCGCCGGCGACGGCGGGGGAGGGCGCGGGGCCGUCGAAACGGGAGUCGGAAGUGGAGGACCUGGCGAGGAAGUGGCUGUGCGCGGCGGAGACGGAGGCAGUCGAGGACGAUCUCAAGAAACUGGUCGAGGAGACCAAGAUGCCGCUCGAGAAGCUGGCGGGCAAGGAGGGGCUGCGGAUGGGGCCGUAUCAGCUGGUGCUGUGGCAGCCGCGCUACGUGUUUGCCGACUUGGACGGGCUCCAUUACCAGAAGCUCUCCACGCAGAAUCGUCCAAUGGGGAAGCCGAAGAAGAUCACAUUUGCAUCCAUCCUGGAGGUGACCGAGCUCGAGCAGGGCGAGAUCGUCAUCCGGUGCCGCAGCCGCGACUACACCUUCAAGGCGCCCGACGCGAGCAAGGCGUCCGUGAUGGUGCACAACUUGAGGCAGCUCAUCCUUCGCCAUGCGGAGGCGAGUGGCGAGACGGGAGAGCAAGAGGGGGCCGACUCGUCGUGAAGUGAGCACAGCACAACUGCCUCCCCCCUCCCCCUCCCCCACCGAACCACCACCCGCGCCAUCGCGCGUGCGUGCCUCACUCGGCCGCCGCACUGGCCCGCUAUUCCGCACUUCUGCUCGCCCGCCGGAGCGCGCCCCUAUCCCCCGGCGGUGCUCGAGCGCCCUGCGCGGUGUCCGCUCUCCACCAUCCUCCUCCUCUGAGCUCUUGUCAGUUGUCUGUGCGUGACACGAAACGGGAAAAAACGCAAAUCAAAAAAAGUUGGGCAUUGGCCAUU